CAUGAUCUUAAACCGUCUGCUGGCCGCACUCAGCACUUUGGAGGGAUGUGGGUGCGCACCGGAGUCCCACUUGCAUCCAUUACCUCUACGAGCAGCUUCCGGCGUCCAGCCAGAGUGGAAUUGUGACUUUUACGCACUGAUCUUGAACCGUGAGAAAACAAGACGCUUCCGAAAAAAGGAUUUAUACUUUAUUGAUGGUGGUGAGUUACAGAGUGAAGAUGAUGUAGUCUGGUAUCGCAGUGGAUGCGCGUAACCCGAUGAGCUCGUGAUGAUCGAUUGCGUUGAAAAAAGAUGCGCACAUUUACGCACGGACUCAAAGGAUUUAAACGAGGGACACACCUUGGAUUUUGAUGACUGAGGCUUCGGCUUGUGAGUGCUUUGCCAGCAUGCAUCUACAUCGCGCGCCCUGAACUUGACGCCACCUACCUACCCACCCACUUACAUUCCAAAGCGAGAUUUAGAGGAAAGGGGGAAAUGAGCGAAAACUGCAAACCCGCCAAAGAGCCCGGCGCGGCGCAGAGCCCUCCAUCGGAUGUCAUCGAGCUGAACGUGGGCGGGCAGGUCUACUACACCCGCCACGCCACAUUGACCGCAUUCCCAAAUUCCCUCCUCGGGAAGCUGUUUUCCAACAAGAAGGGCUCCUCCAAUGACCUAUCCCGGGACUUUAGAGGACGUUACUUCAUCGACAGAGACGGCUUUUUGUUUCGGUACGUAUUGGAUUACUUGCGGGACAAGCAAGUUGUCCUCCCGGACCACUUCCCCGAGAGGGGGAGGUUGAAACGGGAAGCGGAAUACUUCCAGCUUCCAGAUUUAGCCAAACUUUUAUCGUCGGAGGAGUCCAAACUCUUUCCGGACGACUACAGCGAUUUGGAUGAUGCGUCCGUGGGCAGUGAGCACAGGUUUUACCCGUCUUACUCACUAGACAGGAGAUACGGCUACAUCACGGUGGCUCUGAAAGGAGCGGCGGGAGGCAAAGAAAGUGAGCCCAACUCCAAGAGUAGAAAGUUGCCGAGGAUCUGCAUUAGCAGCAGGAUCGCUUUGGCCAAGGAGGUCUUCGGCGACGCGCUCAACGAGAAUAGAGACGCGGAUCGUCCCCCGGACCGCUACACCUGCCGGUUUUACCUCAAGUUCAAGCAUCCGGAGAGGGCGUUUGACAUGCUGUCAGAAAGCGGCUUUCACAUCGUGGCCUGCAACUCCUCCCUGACCGCCUCUUCUGUCGCUCAUUACGCGGACGAUAGGCUCUGGUCCAAUUACGCGCAGUACAUCUUCUACCGUGGGCCCUCACGGUGGUCAUCCUCACACUGCGACUGCUGCUGCAAGAGCCACAAAAGUGAGCGCGAGGGAGAAAGCGGCACUUCCUUCAACGAGCUCUCUACUUCCUGUUCCGAGACCCAGUCGGAGGCCAGCUCUCCUCAGGGGACCGUCAUCCGCGGCCCCGUGACUCGACGCCCCAACAUCCAGUCCCUGGACCGACCCAUGCACAAAGUCCCCGCUCACAUGAUGCAGCAGGCAGAGAUGCGGCGUAAGACUGACAUGCUGCGGGGCAGGACCUUCGGGGUCCGCGAGCGAGAGGCUGCCAAGAGGAAAGCCAACAAGGAGAAGAUGACACCUGAGCAGGAGCUGGAGAAAUGCAUCCAGGACUUCCGUCGCAUUAGGAUUCCCGAUCGCUUUCCGGAGCGGAAGUACAUGUGGCAAUCGGAGCUCUUGAGAAAAUACCGGCUCUGAGGAUGGAGUGGAGAACGGCGUCAUGUCACCAGGUUAUAGUCAGCACCCACAACGAUACACUUUACUAUUAAAAAUGCCCACCAAAAAAAGAGCAGCUUGGAAUUUGAAAAUCUUUGGCAUUCAAACUUCUAACUGCUCCACGAUGUUGUGCAUCGCCACCACACAUACGCGAGCACACGAAUCUGGUCUGAGGUGAAACUUAUGCCUCCCCGUUGACAUUCUUAUGUAUCUAUCGACCUCUACAGAGAAUCCCAAUGGAAAGAGUGCAUCACAACCACAGUUCAUAGCAAGCACUAUUUUUAGCGAGAUUCUGCAGGGUCGCACAAGGCUGUGUGAGCCAUUGAUUUGUCAAGUGUAGCACCAUGUAUGAUACGCACACGUAUGAAUCAGGUUACUCCUGUUAGGGGGGGAGGGGGGAUGACACAUCACUCACCUCUCUUUACGUCAAAGGCGGCCACAAGCAACAAAGCAACCUCAGGGGCAACAUCUUGUCAAGAUACCACAUUAUCGAUGUGCUCUUGUCCCUUUUUCACACGCUGAUGGUGCUUUGAGUUCACUUUGCUCCACGGACAACACAAACUUGUAAUAGGCUUUGACAACAGCAUUGCAUGUCAUUUCACUCUUAUCGUAAUUAUGCAAUAUCACAAAAGAUGGUGUGGUCGGAUGGUGAAAGCACUGCCUGGUUCUGUCUGCCAUUGUAAAACAUUUUGUCUCAUGUCAUUGUGUCUUGGAUUGAUGAUGUGUAUGUGAUUCAAGUGGCUGUUGGAUUCAUCUUGGAUUGUAAGUGUGAAUAAAAGCAAAUA